AUGUCCGCCGUCGCUGCCAGCUCUGCAUCGCGCGGAACAGUCCUCGUGACCGGCGGAAGCCGCGGCAUCGGUGCGGCUUGCUGCAAGCGCCUCGCGCGCGAUGGCUACACCGUCGUCGUCAACUACAAGAGCUCGCAAGGCGAAGCAGUCGACGUCGUGGGCGAGAUUAAUCUAGAGGGCGGCGACGCCAUCACGCUGCAAGCGGACGUGUCGUCCGAGGCGGGCGUCGUCGAUAUGUUCGCUUCGCUCGACAAUUGGAUCGGGUCGGGCGGGGUCCCGCCGCUCACGGCGCUCGUCAACAACGCGGGCGUCAUCGGCGACAAGGAGGCGCUCGACGCCGUGACGCCGGCGGCCUUCGAGGCCAUGAUGGCGACGAACGUGCUCGGGCCUUUGCUCUGCUGCAAAGAGGCGGAAAAAAGAAUGGCGCCCGGCUCGGCCAUCGUCAACCUGUCGUCCGGCAGCGCGUACAUCGGCACGCCGCUGCUCUACAGCAUGUCCAAGGGCGCGCUCAACUCCAUGCAGCACGGCCUCAUCAAGCCCCUGGCCGCCAAGGGCAUCCGCAUCAACACGGUGUCGCCGGGCGUCACGGACACGGACAUGGUCGCGGGCAUCCUCGACGACCCGGAGCGCAAGGCGACGAUGGAGGCGCAGAUCCCGCUGGGCCGCGCGGGGCGGCCCGAGGAGAUCGCCGGCGCCGUGGCCUACCUCCUCUCGCCCGACGCGGCCUACACGAGCGGCGCGAACAUCCGCGUCGCGGGCGGCCGCGGCCCGGGCACGACGCUCGGCUAA